ACAACACUGAGGAAUAGUAAGUCGCAGUGGCAGAUUAUCAAAGAGUAUCUGAUUCAUUGGAACUGAAACAUCAAUGUGUAAGCUCCGAAAUGUCCUGUAUGAAUCGGCCUUGGCGCUGUCAUGUUCCUGAGGUCGCGCGCUUGAGCCACGUUCCUAGCUUGCCCUGACCAACGAACAACCGCGUCGACAUGGAAGAGCGAACAGGACGACGACUCUUCUAAUUCACUACCUUAAGCCCAAAGUAGAUUGCGACUAAUUCCCCCGCGACUAUGGAUAUCAUACAAGCCGUCUCCGGCUACAUCACCAAAAUGGUGUCGGUCGGGGACAGCGCUGCGACGGGCACCUCCGCGGCCAAGAUGAAGAUCCUCCUCCUCGACAACGAGACUGUUCCGAUAGUAUCGACCGCGACGACGCAAUCCGCCCUCCUCAACCAUGAAGUCUACCUUACUGACCGCCUCGACAACCCAAAGCGGGAGAAGAUGCGCCAUCUUCGCUGCCUAUGCUUUGUGCGACCGUCGCCCGAGUCUAUCCAGAACCUCAUCGAAGAGCUGCGCGAGCCCAAGUAUGGGGAAUACAACAUCUACUUCAGCAACAUAAUCAAAAAAUCCUCAUUGGAGCGCCUCGCCGAAGCAGACGACCACGAAGUCGUACGUGCGAUUCAAGAAUACUUCGCCGAUUUCCUCGUCAUAAACCCCGACCUCAUGUCGCUCAACCUCGGAUUUCCCGAUCAUCGGAUAUGGAGCACAAGCUCGGAUGCGUGGAAUCAAGAUGCGCUACAAAGGUCAACCGAGGCAGUCAUGGCAUUACUUUUGUCGCUAAAGAAGAAGCCGUUGAUACGAUACCAGAAGAACAGUCUGCUCGUCAAGAAGCUGGCGACCGAGGUUCGAUACCACAUGACACAGGAAGAGCAAUUGUUCGACUUCCGCAAGACAGAUACCCCGCCUAUACUUUUGAUUGUCGACCGAAGAGACGAUCCGGUAACACCGCUGUUGACGCAAUGGACGUACCAGGCCAUGGUUCACGAGCUUCUCGGAAUACACAACGGACGAGUGGACCUACGGGAUGUGCCGGAAAUACGCCCUGAACUCAAGGAGAUUGUGUUAUCGCAAGAGCAGGACCCCUUCUUCAAGAAGAAUAUGUAUCUCAACUUCGGCGAUUUAGGGCAAAACGCAAAAGAGUACGUCGAGCAGUUUGCGUCAAAACAGCAGGGGUCCCAAAAGCUCGACUCUAUUGCCGACAUGAAGCGCUUCAUCGAGGACUUCCCGGAGUUCCGCAAGCUUUCCGGCAACGUCACCAAGCACGUCACACUUGUCGGUGAGCUGAGCAGACGAGUUGGCGAGGAGAGUCUACUGGACAUCAGUGAGCUCGAGCAGAGUCUGGCAUGUACAGACAACCAUUCCAACGAUGUCAAAUCGCUGCAAAGGAUCAUCCAGGAUCCGAAAGUCCCGGCGAACAACAAGCUCCGGUUGGUUGCCAUCUACGCGUUGCGCUACUCGAAGACCUCAUCGAACUCUACAGCUAUGCUGCUUGACUUGCUCGCUGUUGCGGGUGGACUGUCACGGCAUCGCAUUAACCUCAUCACAAAACUGCUGACCUACCAUGACUCGCUACAGGCGACUACGGCGGCAGGUGGAGUGCCGGACCUUUUCCAACCUGGGUCUUUCUUCGGAGGUGCCCGAGAUCGACUCAAGGGCUUGAAGGGUGUUGAGAACGUCUACACACAGCACUCGCCUCGCUUAGAAGCUACGCUGCAAGAUAUGAUCAAGGGUCGCUUGAGCCAGCAGCUGUACCCCUUCGUUGAGGGUGGCGGAUCGACAAAGGACAAGCCGCAGGACAUCAUUGUAUUCAUGGUCGGCGGCGCGACAUAUGAGGAAGCUAAGAUGGUUGCGCAAGUAAAUGCUAGUUCGCCAGGUAUCCGCGUUGUGCUCGGCGGUACCACUGUGCACAAUAGCACUUCCUUCUUGGAGGAGGUAGAAGAUGCCGUUGACUCGUGGCCCGAGCCUCCCGCUACAUCAGCUGCGGCUCGCCUGAAGAGAGAAGUAGGUAGAUAGUCGAUCUUGUCUUUCUAGAGUGAAGCAGUAAUCUGGGAGUUGGGCGUCGAAGCGAGUGGCGUCAAAUGCAGGUUCAUAUAUUACAUGGGUUGAUAGAGUUGCUACAUGAAUACCACAGCAUCCCAAUAGUGUUCGUCAGCCCAGUACAUAAUGAGAGCAGCACAGUGCAUGCCCCGCGCUAAGGGUCGAGAUGCAUCCCACCAAGACCCACAUCAUUCGUUUCAAGCCGGUCCUGGAUAGCAGCGCGGCCUAUAGGUC